CAUCUGUUCUUCUUUUUUUUGGAACAGACUCAUGUUUCGGUCACGUCGGGAAUAAUUUCUGCGCUAUACUUUCAUUUUAAAUCACCGAACCGUGACCGCAAAUGCGCAUCGGUCUGCGCAUCUUUGAAUCUUUAGAACUACACUGUGGACAAUCUCCCUGACAUCCAAAGACCUCUCCUCCGCAAUCCGACGAGGCGUCUUCAUCGCCUAUGGCCGCACAUCGGCAUCCCUGAGCCGCUGGCCUCGUCCCGGACCUUUCACCCAUCGCUGUCCUCAAAAGGUCUUUGCAUCAGGAACACAUUGCAGCAAACGAUUUUUUUUAAAGAACCUGGUGCUAUGCUGGGCCCAUCUCUCUAGAUCUUGUGAUUAAUACACGAUCUCUCCUCCCACAUUCGUCCGACCGAGACGCUGGUACUCUCAUCGAGCCCCGGCAAUGCAUCCUAACGCAGUGAUGCUGGCGGUGGUCCUUUUGGGGAACUUGAUGCUGCCUUUCAUCUCGGCUCAAAACGCUGGGUUUGUGAAGUCGCCAAUGUCUGAGACUAAGCUUACGGGGGACACCUUUGAGCUGUACUGCGACGUGGUUGGUAACCCCACUCCAGAGAUCCAGUGGUGGUAUGCUGAGAUCAACCGAGCUGACUCCUUCAAACAGCUGUGGGACGGAGCCCGCAAGCGGCGGGUAUCCAUCAACACGGCCUACGGCGCCAAUGGGGUUAGUGUGCUCGGCAUCACGCGUCUCACAUUGGAGGACUCUGGGACCUAUGAGUGCCGGGCCAGCAAUGACCCCAAGCGCAAUGACCUCCGACAAAACCCUGCCAUCACCUGGAUCCGUGCCCAGGCCACCAUUUCAGUGCUACAGAAACCAAAGAUCAAUGCCUCUGAUCAGACCAUCCUAUCAGCGGACACCCCUAUCAAACCAGUUACCCUGCAGUGUAACCUCACCACUGCCCACACUCCCCACAAGGAAAGCUUCUGGGUGAAGAAUGGAAAGGAAAUCACAAACACACGGACAGAGCAGAGGAACACAGCAUACAGAAUUGCUAAACCACGGGCAGAUGAUUCCGGGGAAUACAUGUGUGUUUACACAUUUGACAUGGCACCGAAUGCAAAUGCUACAAUUGAAGUAAAAGCAAAACCUGAUAUCACUGGCCACAAGCGAAGUGAAAAUAAAAACGAGGGAGAAAAUGGAAUGCUUUACUGCAAGUCUGUUGGUUACCCACAUCCCACCUGGACAUGGCGUAAAGUGGACGGAACAUCCUACACGGACAUUGACAACUCUACUGGACGUUUCUUCAUCACAAUCAGAGACAACUACACAGAGCUCAACAUACUAAACCUGGACAUAAACACCGAUCCUGGAAUAUACCAAUGCAAUGCAACUAAUGUGAUUGGAAACACUGCUGAGACCACUAUACUUCGGGUGCGCAGCAACCUUGCACCGCUUUGGCCUUUCCUGGGUGUGCUCGCAGAAAUUAUAAUCCUAGUAGUCAUCAUUGUUGUGUACGAGAAACGCAAGACGCCAGACGACAUUAUUGAUGAUGAUGAACCAGUUGGACCAAUGAAAACAAAUUCAACAAACAACCACAAGGACAAAAACAUUCGCCAGAGGAAUACAAAAUAAGCAAUUUACUCAAAUGAGAUGGCUAAACUGCAUUUUUUGACUACAUGAAGGUUUCAGAGAUGGAUACAGCUCCGGGCAGUUUUGAAAAAGGCAUAUCUUGUCUCAUUUUAUGAGAAACAAUAUCAGCAUAACACUGGCAACAAAAAGAACAUAAUGGCUGUCUUAAGCAUGCCUUAUUCAGUCUGACGUGGAGAUUUCAGGAUGACGAAUAAUGACUAAAACCACCACAAAGGUGUACACAUUUUUAAUGUGCUAUUGAUGUCUCCUUUAUUCAUUUUAUCAUAUCCUCAAAUGAGGUGAUCCCUUUUGUAUUACAUAUCAUGUACAAUGCAUGCAAGAUAAUUACGCAAUAGGAUACUCAGAAUAGACAUUUUCUGUUGUUAUCCCUCGUGUGGCUUUUUUUGCAUCUAAAAUGACCUGUUUUUUAUGGAGUAAUCCUUAUAAUAUAUAUAUAUAUAUAUAUAUAUAUAUAUAUAGUUAGUUAGUUUUAUUCUUGAAAAUUUGUACAGCAUAUCAUGGUCAUUUAACUUUGAUUGAUUUUGUGACAAUGAGUCCACUUUUAACAGAACUUGUAUUGUGAAGCAAUGGCUUCAAUGACUGACAGUAUUUAAAUUUAAUUGAGAGUGGUUACAGAAAAUGACUACUGUAUGUUUAACUAUCUAAACAAAAAUGAUAAGUGUAUUAUUUUUUUCUUUCCAGAGUAACUUAGGUGUCUUGUAUAUGUUGAAGUAUGAGUGUUCAAAUGAUAGGAAAUCUGUAAAAAAAAAUAUUUUUUUUAUAUUUCCCAAUUUCAUCAAUUGAUUUUUAUUUUGUAUUUUUUUCUCUCUUUAACUGUAUAGCAUGGCUAUAAUCCUAUGCAAUAUGUAUUCUUAAAUAGAUAUAUGGGGGCAGGGGGGGGCAGUUUAUUUUACUCAGUGAAGCUUUAAUAUCGUGGGAUCACGUGGAAGCUGGUAUAGCAAAAUUCACUGCUGUAGCUGCAUGACUCCUCAUUCAAUACAAUGUAUCCAUGUGUGUUGCAGUGGAAAUGGGCCUGCAUUAAGGUGGGAACAGAGGGACCAGAGUAUAUAGCCACGAUUAAAUAUAUGAGUGAGACCAAUAUUUUUUUUCUGAAUAAAAAAUUGAAAAAUGAA